AUGAUUCUAUAUGCAGCCAUAAUAGCAUCAUUCUUGAGCUCCCUAUACUUGUUCCAUCGCAGAAGAUCUUGCAAACACCCCCUCUUGUUUGAUUACCCCAUCCUUGGCAUGUUACCAACCUUGCUCUUCAACUUGUGGCGCCUUCAUGAUUUCAUCACUGAGAUACUAACAAAACAUGGUGGCACCGGGGAGUUCAUGGGGCCAUGGUUCACCAAAAUGAACUAUUUGGUCACUUGUGACUCUCUCAACGUGCAACACAUGCUGUGCAAGCGCUUCGACAACUAUGUCAAAGGACAUGACUUUCGUGACAUAUUCGAACCAUUCGGAGAUGGGUUUGGUGCUGCUGACGAUGAGACAUGGAAGUACAUCAGAAACCUUCUCCGUUCUCAGAUGAAACAACCAAGGCUCAAAGCAUUUGUUGAUCAAACCGUUCAGAAGAAGAUCCUUACAAGCCUGCUUCCAAUAUUGGAUCAUGCACAACAACAAGGGAGGGUUGUGGAUAUUCAAGAUGUCCUCGUGCGAUUCACCUCUGAUAACAUAUGCUUGACAACUGUAGGACACGAUCCUAAGAGUCUUUCUGUCGACUUCCCCGAAGUUGCAAUUGAGAUGGCUUUUAGAGAGACUGAAAAGUCGAUAUUUUAUAGACAUACGGUGCCAAAAACUAUAUGGAAACUCCAAAAGCGGCUCCAAAUUGGUCAAGAGAAGAAGAUGAGAGAAGCAUAUAAAACAUUUGAUGAGUUCAUAUAUGCACUGAUAGCGUCCAAGCGAGAAGAGUUAAGUAAGUGCACAAAAGAAGAAAUCAGUGAAGCUCCAUUUAACUUGCUAACUGUUUGGAUGACAGAAGAUGAAGGACUACGUGAGCAUGAUGAUAAGUUCGUAAGGGAUUCUGCAUUUAAUUUUCUUGUAGCGGGUAGGGGAGCCAUGGCUUCGACUCUUACAUGGUUCCUUUGGCUUGUUUCGAAACACCCUUUAGUGGAAGCCAAGAUUCUUGAAGAGAUCAGAGAUAAUUUUAAAACAAAUGAAAAGAAAAAUGAUGACUGUGGUGAUCAUUGUUUUGAUGAGGACCACCAUAAUGAUAAUCUUGAUCAAGAACAGUAUCUGAAGCAAUCUGCAUCUGGGGAAGCUUUAGGCAUGGAAGAGGUGACAAAGCUGGUUUAUCUUCAUGGUGCAUUGUGUGAAGAGAUAUGGGGAAAAGAUUGUUUGGAGUUCAAGCCAGAGAGAUGGAUAUCUGAUAGGGGAGAAAUUGUUUAUGCACCAGCUUACAAAUUCAUUGCUUUUAAUGCAGGACCAAGAAUCUGUUUAGGAAAAGACUUGGCCUUUGUUCAAAUGAAGAUGGUGGCAGCUGCUAUACUGAGCAAGUACUGUUUCAAAGUGGUGGAAGGUCAUGUUCCAACUCCAACACAUUCCAUUGUUCUUCUGAUGAAGAACGGUUUGAAGGCUAGGAUAAUGAAAAGAGAAGUUUGA